AAUUUUCCUUCCACAGACAAGAAGAAUAAGGGAAAAAAAAAAAAAAAAAGCAGUGAUGGUCGAAUCUGCGAGAAGAGUGCCACCUGAGGACGCCGGGCAGGGGGGUAGAAGGAGUGCCACUUCAGGCUGCCCUUCGCUGGCACCCCGGAGGCUUCUGGUGCCAGCCCUGCUCCUGGCCCUCAUCCUCCUCACACCAACAGUGGGCAGCAUCAAGUGUUACGAGUGUGUACACAACAACCAGAGAAUGAAGAGGCACAAUCGCUACGUCUACCCCUGUUCAGAGUUUGAUGGCUCAGACAGAUACAUCAUGAACUGCCCGGACUCAAAGCUUUGCAUUUACCAGCGGAUAACUUUGCCAUUGUCGAACGCAGAAAACAUAAUUGUAAAAACAAUGGAUGGCUGUACCCCAAACACCACAGACAACGCCCGCUAUGCCGAGGCAGGUCUGGUCAAAGAAGGCUGCAUCCAACACAGGAGUCUGUACAAACCCCCCUCAUCAGAAUACUGUUACUGCAGUCACAAUCUCUGUAAUGGAACGAUGACCAACUUGUCUUCUACGGUCAUCCUGGCAAUUCUUUUGGCGACGGCACUUUUUUACAAUUACCAGUGGUCAAGCUUGUCCUGAUAUUUCCAAACCCAUAGAUAUUAUAAAAUGAUACAUCUACUGAGAUCUCCUUUCCAUAAUCUUCAACUGCAUGCACACAAUAUAUGUGUAGUGCAAAUCUUCUACUAUGAGUAAAUACAGGACGUUUCUGGUUUCUGGUUAUUCUAAGGUUUACAUGGAAAUGCUGUGAAACUUCCUUGGGAUCUUUAGGUAGGUGGGGACUAACCGAUUCCAAAUUUAACUUGGGAACUGUAAAUACUUGUCUACAAAUCCAAUAAUGUUAAAUUUUAUAUAGUGCAUAAAAAAAGAAUAUCCUUAUCUAAAUCUCUAGAAUACUUUUAUAUGAAUCAUAGCUUCAAGAGACUCUUUCAAUAUUUUCUGAGCCGUCACACAACAAGCAACCAAGCUCUUAACUACUGCAGAGCACUCGAGGCAGUGACUGUAACGUUCGACAGACAACCCAUAACUCCAGAAGUCCAAAUAUGGUGCUUAGUAAACCUUGGGAACAGCUGACCUACAGGUUUUUUUUGCAGCGCAAGACGUAAUAGACUAGUCAAUGUGCAUGGCUGUGCUUUCUUGUGACUUCUUGCAUUACGAUGUAAGUUAUUUUCUUAUUUUGUAAUAAAGAUGGCUAUGUAAUCGUUUACUUUAAAAAAAUUCAAUCAUUACUUAAAGUACCUAUAGUGAAACUUACAGAGCUACAGUGUGCUCUGUAUAAAGACUGUGAUAUUAUGUUAGCAUUCAUUUGACUAUUGAUAAUGAUACUCUUCAAUGUUUAAUAUGGAAUAAAUGUUACAGAGGAA